AUGAAAUGUGAUUUCCCGAAAGGUCACAAUACAUGCAAGCGAUGCAAAAGUGGCGGACACGUAUGCAUAGUGGAAGGCAGGAAACCGAGAACAGCUCCCAAUAAACGCGAGUACCUCCUCGCUCAGAUACGACAGAAGGAUGCCAUUAUCGAGUCGCUACUCAAACAAUUGCAUAAUCCCUACAUUGCGACACCAAUGUCGAUUGCAUCGUAUCAGAGGGCGACCUCCCCUUCGGAUACCAACAACAGCAACGUCCAUGCUUGGCUCGACCUUCUUCGAUCUAGCGUCCAAUCCGCCGGAGGCAAGGGAGGUGCGGCCGCUUUCAAGCUCCAUAGGGGCGAUGGCACAGGAGAAGACGAAUCGGAGGACGAAGCUGAUGAUUCUACUUCCCGUCCAAAAGUCCCCGGGCUUGACGACGACGCCACUUUGGAUGGCAAUUUGGACGCCUCUCAAGAAGACGAAAAGCUCCAAUCUGCGCUACCGGAUUCCCAUGUUCCGCUCGGCCUUAUAGCAACACUUGCCCUAAGCAAUUCAAAAGGCAAGUCCGGCGGCAAAAAGGACCCGAGAGCGAUCGAAGAAGAGGAUGACGAUGAUGUGGGUGUUGCAAACGAGACGUACUUCAUGCCAGGCCCCGCCACCGAUCUGUCUCUGCGUGCUACCUUGAUUCAACAGUAUAGUCCACCUGAGAUUCUGGUACACGGGCUUGUAACUCCGGAUGAUGUUGAAAAGCUCUUUGAAAUCUUCUAUACUCAUGUCAACCCAUUCGUUUCACUGUUGGACCCAGUGCUGCACACCCCUGCCUUAACAUUUGCGAGAUGUCCAUUCUUGUUCACAGUCAUUUGUGCAGUAUCUUCACGCUAUUAUCCUGAGAAAUCGGAGGUAUAUCCAAUAGCAAUGCACUUCGCCAAACACUCCGCUGCGAAUGCAUUGACUGAUGGAUGGAAGUCCGUCGAACUCUGCCAAGCCUACAUUCUGAUGAGCAUAUUCGCUGUGCCUGCUCGAAGGUGGGAAGAAGAUCGGAGUUGGCUGUACACCGGCCUUGCGAUUCGGAUAGCGACGGACUUGAACCUACAUCAUGUCACUAAACCAAAGGCGAUGGAUGAAAAACAAGAAAGGGAGAUCAUGAACAAAACUCGUGUAUGGAUGAUCUGUUUCAAUCUCGACCGCUCGACCGCCACGCAAUUUGGCAAGCCCUUCACCAUCAAAGAGGACCAUAUCAUGAGGAACUCAAAGGAGUGGUACAAGAGCUCCCGUUAUAACCAUCCAUACGAUGUCCACCUCUGUGCUCAUACCGCCCUGCUACGCAUUGUGGCACGAUUCCACGAGGAUAUUUUCUCUGAUCCCGACUCGCCUACUGGGUUGAACAAGGACGUGGAUUUCCGAACGGUGACAAUAACCCACGACAAUCACCUAUCUGAAUACCAUCAAGAAUGGGAGAAGCGAUUCCAGGAGAGUUCCGACCCCACCGACCUGGGCUGCUCAUUCCGAUGCCUCCUCCUGCCCUUCCUUGUUGAGUACUCACGCCUCGUCAUGUACUCAUUCGGAUUCCAACAAGCCUUCGAGCGUGGAAUCGAGCCAGGUGACCAACUUUUCUUCAAGAAGUGUCUGGAUGCAGCGAAAGGUGUUAUCAAACAUAUGAUACAAAAUCUUGCCCCUAGUGGGUAUAUGCGAUACGCUCCAGAUGGCCAUUUUGUUUUCGCAUCUUUUGCUUCGGCGUUCCUUCUGAAGCUACUCCGGCCAGAGUUUUCCCAGCUACUUUCAAAGGGUCAAGAAACAGAAAUCUUCGAACUCAUAGGACGGUUGAUACAGACAUUGAGCUCGCCCCAGAUUGCGAUUGACGACAGGCAUACUCCCAAGUUAUACGCGCGAUUCCUUGCUGGGCUUCUGUCGCGCCAUCGCCGCGAUGGUGCCACCGUUGGUCGUCUACAAACUCAACCUCCCCCUACGCAGAACGUAUCUACCCACUCCGACUUUAGCUCCAUCACAAUGUCGCAAGCCGGAACAUCCAGUUUCGCCGUAUCCCCUCAAGGCAGCACAGGAGAACCGCCUUCAGGGGGUUUCUCUGUUACAACGUUUUCUCAGUCACCCACAUCUGAGAAGAUCUCUACGCCUAUCUACCGCCCUGAGGCUACCUUCUCCGCAGGGUCCGGUCCUAUCCAAUUUGGUAGCGACUUUGAUAUGCUGAUGUUUGGUACGGAGAAUGGUGUCUCCGAAGAAGAAAUGCUUGCGACGAUGCAAGCUCUGAAGAACCCCGUUUGGUGGCAAAACAUGAUGAUGCCUGGGUUUUCCUGGCCAGAGACAGCCUCGGGGGCCGAAAGCCAUCAGGCACUCCAGAACAACGUACCUGGCCUGCACGCUGGGGCUGCCAUCCCUGUCUCGCUUUACUAG